AUGGGUUCCAUUUGGAUGUCCCAUUUGUUUCUGUUAUUGGCCAUACUUGAUACUGCUUUUGUUGCAACUAUGGGCAACAGUGCAACAAAUUCCUACUGGCUUCUCAGGAUUAAAUCAGAACUGGUUGAUCCUUUGGGAGCUAUGAGCAACUGGUCUCCAACAACUCAUAUCUGCAGCUGGAGUGGAAUAACAUGUGCUGUUGAUCAGAAGAAUAUCAUAGGCCUGAAUCUAUCUGGUUCAGGAAUAUCAGGUUCCAUUUCAGUUGAGUUCAAUCACUUCAUUUCUCUUCAAACACUUGAUUUGUCUUCAAAUUCCCUUACUGGCUCCAUUCCUUCAGAGCUUGGGCAGCUUCAAAAUCUAAGGAUACUGCAACUAUACUCAAAUAACCUCUCUGGUAACAUUCCUGCAGAGAUAGGUAAUUUGAAGAAGUUGCAAGUUCUUAGAAUAGGAGACAAUAAUCUGACAGGUGAAAUUGCACCUAGUAUCUUCAACUUGAGUGAGUUGACAGUGUUGGGUCUUGGCUACUGCCACUUAAACGGAACUAUACCCUUUGGGAUUGGUAAAUUGAAGCAUCUAAUAUCCCUUGAUUUACAAAUGAACAAUCUCAGUGGCCCCAUACCAGAAGAGAUUCAAGGCUGUGAAAAGCUCCAAAACUUUGCAGCAUCAAACAACAUGCUUGAAAGAAACAUACCCUCCUCUAUGGGGUUUCUUAAAUCAUUGACAAUUCUCAAUCUUGCCAAUAACAGUUUGUCUGGAUCAAUUCCCACAGCCUUGAGUCACCUUUCUAACUUGACAUACCUGAAUUUGCUUGGAAACAAACUAAAUGGAGAAAUUCCUUCUGAGUUAUAUAGUCUAACUCAGCUGCAGAAGCUAGACUUGUCUAAAAACCACCUUUCCGGAUCAAUACCCCUCCUUAAUUUGCGUAGUCUUCAAACUCUGGUUCUUUCUGAUAAUGCUUUGACAGGUAGCAUUCCAAGUAACUUCUGCUUGAGAGGUUCAAAGCUUCAGCAACUUUUCUUGGCUCGGAAUAUGCUCUCUGGCAAAUUUCCCUUGGAGUUACUUAACUGCUCCUCAAUCCAACAGUUGGACCUUUCUGAUAACAGACUUGAAGGAGAACUUCCAUCCAGCCUGGACAAACUACAGAACCUCACAGAUCUUGUACUCAACAACAACAGUUUUGUUGGAUCUCUACCUUCUGAAAUUGGAAAUAUUAGAAGCUUGGAAAGUCUUUUUCUAUUUGGUAACUUUUUUACAGGUAAAAUCCCAGUGGAGAUUGGAACACUACAGAGUUUGAACACCAUUUACCUCUAUGAUAACAAGAUGUCUGGACCUAUACCAAGAGAGUUGACAAACUGCACAAGCUUAAAGGAAAUUGACUUUUUCGGAAACCAUUUCACUGGGCCCAUUCCAGAGACUAUAGGAAAGCUCAAGGACUUGGUUGUUCUACAUUUGAGGCAGAAUGACUUGUCUGGUCCAAUCCCUCCAAGCAUGGGGUACUGUAAAAGUCUUCAGACAUUGGCCUUAGCAGAUAACAGGUUGUCAGGUUCCAUUCCACCCACAUUCAGUUACCUUUCAGAACUUACUAAAAUUACCCUUUACAACAACUCCUUUGAAGGACCUCUCCCUCAUUCACUCUCAGCUCUCAAAAGCCUCAAAAUCAUAAAUUUUUCCCACAACAAGUUCAGUGGAAGUUUCUUUCCUCUCACUGGUUCAAAUUCUCUGACUAUUCUGGACUUGACUAACAACAGCUUCUCAGGUCCCAUCCCUUCUAGUCUAACCAAUUCCAGAAAUCUCAGUCGUCUCAGACUUGCAUACAAUCAUCUCACAGGAAGCAUUCCUUCUGAAUUUGGCCAGUUUACUGAGCUCAACUUUCUUGAUUUAUCAUUCAACAAUUUAACAGGAGAGGUGCCACCUCAACUCUCAAACUCUCAGAAAACAGAACACAUCCUGCUGAGUAAUAACAGAUUGAGUGGCAAAAUACCUCCAUGGUUGGGAAGCUUCCAAGAACUCGGUGAGCUUGAUCUCUCAUACAAUAACUUCAGUGAGAAGGUACCUGCUGAGCUUGGUAACUGCUCAAAAUUACUUAAGCUUUCUCUCCAUCACAACAAUCUCUCUGGUGAAAUCCCCAAAGAGAUUGGAAAUCUCACUUCUCUCAAUGUGUUCAAUUUGCAAAGGAAUAGUCUCUCUGGCCUCAUUCCUUCCACAAUUCAGCAAUGCACCAAGCUGUAUGAGCUCAGGCUCUCAGAAAACUUGUUGACAGGUUCAAUACCAGUUGAGCUCGGAGGGCUUCUUGAGUUGCAAGUAAUAUUGGACUUGAGUAAAAAUUUCUUCUCUGGUGAGAUUCCACCAUCUUUAGGAAACCUCAUGAAGCUAGAAAGACUCAACCUUUCUUUCAAUCAACUUCAAGGAAAUGUUCCAACUUCACUUGGUAAACUUACCAGCCUGCAUGUGCUGAAUCUCUCAAAUAACAAUCUUGAAGGUCAGAUUCCUUCAACUUUUUCAGGAUUCCCACGAAGCUCCUUCCUGAACAAUGACUACUUGUGUGGCCCACCAUUGGUAUCAUGCUCAGAAUCCCCAGCACAUGAGAAAAUGCAGCUAUCAAACACUCAAGUGGCAGCAAUCAUUGUGGCCAUUGUUUUUACUUCCACAGUGAUAUGCUUAAUCAUGUUGUAUAUCAUGCUCAGAAUCUGGUGCAACUGGAGAAAAGUUGCAAUUUCAAGUGCAGAUGGUGGUGUUGUUGCUCACAAGAGAGAGGAAGGUAGAUCUGUGAGUGCUGACAAUAAGACAAGGAGUGGAGAGGACUGGAGUGUGAAUUCCUUUGGGUUGAUUCUUUCACCAGAUGAGCAAAAUUCAGUAGCAACAACUACAAGCUUCUUUAAUCUCAAAAUGGAAGCCAUGGAAAAUACUAAUAUAUAA